AAUACUGUCCAGCUCUGGCCCAGAUCCCCAGGAGCUGCAACAGAAUGACAAGGCGACAAUUCUUUGGUCGGCAGCUCACAUACACAUCGCUCAUACGCAGUGGAUGCCAGCACGAACUUCCGGUUAUAAAUUGUACUAUGUCACACGCAUGACGUCAAAUCGAAAUGCCUUGUAAUGCGAACAAGUUAAUGCGGCACAUGGCAAAUUAUGUUUCGACAUCAACGGGAAUCGAGAACUGAAGAGGAGAACUGAUAAUGGAGAAUGGAGAACUGGGAACCGAGCAGCGGGCUAGGACACAGGCUCCCAAAUUGUUACCCUUUCUGGGUACCCUCAUCCUGUACUUCUCGCUGGUGCGCCGGGAUCCCCAGGGUGAGCUAUGGACCACUGUGCUGAAGUGUCUGCCCAUCGUGGCCCUGAUGUUCUAUGUGGUGGCCAAGGGCUUUUCCCUCAAGAAGGAAUACCGCCGAUCCCUUUGGAUUCUGCUGGGCCUGAUCUUCUCCUGCGGCGGUGAUGCUUUGCUCAAUGUGAAUCUGUUUCCCUUUGGCAUGAUAUCCUUUGGGGUGGCACACGUCUUCUAUGUCAGCGCCUUCGGCUGGAAGCCCGUCAAGUGGCUCAUCGGAUGUGGACUCUAUGUGGUCGUUUCACUUUUUGUGUACUUUGUGCAUCAAAAACUGGACGAAAUACUUAUUGUUGGAGUGCCCAUCUACUGUUUCCUAAUCACCACAAUGCUGUGGCGAUCCCUAGCUCGCGCCGUGGACGCCAGAAGCUUCCUUACCGUGUUCUGUGCAAUCGGUGCCACUUUGUUUGUGAUCUCUGACGCCCUAAUCGCGGUCACCAUGUUCAUGGGCGUGCCCCUGCCCGGUGCCCGGCUCCAGAUAAUGAUUACCUACUAUGCCGCCCAGUUUGCCAUAGCGCUGAGCACGGCGGACGAUGGUCCUGCGGCACCGGAUCAGCGUUCCUUUCGCAAGAAAACCAAGUGAAGGAAGCUGCAGCAGCACCAGGAGCAGUGGCCAAUGCUCAAGUGGGGAAAUCCCAUGAAAAGAAAUCAAAAAGGAAAAACAUGAACCACCAAAUUGAGUACUUCCAUAACGACGCACAGAUGCCAUUUAACUGCGUCUGUGUUCCCCAUCCCAGUAGCUUAGUGUAAACCAAUUAUUUGUUCUAUUUGUUUCUGUUUUUAUUUUCGGGGAUAUGCAAAUUGAUCCUCAUAAUUUAGUAUAUGUUUUUGUUGGACUUGAACUAUUAAAUAUAUAUUAAUGUUAUUGAAGAA